ACAAUGUUCGGGAUAGCCGUGCUUAUUGUAGCCUUUGUGCCUUGUCUUUGUUCAGGUGCGGAUGUGGAGUUGACAACCUCCUCCUCUUCCGUCAUAGAGGGAGAGUCACUCACCUUGACCUGUUCUGUGAGUGUGGACGGUGUUGUAGAUGCCACGUUUUUUGAGAAUGGUGGGAGAUAUCUAGGUUAUGUAAAGCUGGUUGGCGGAAGGUGUGAGGACGCUAAAAAUGACACCUGCAAACAACAGUGUUCCUGCUCAAAAGAUGGCAGAAACUUUUUCUGGACGAUUUCAAACAUGGAUAGAGCAAUGGACGGGAUGGGGUUCCUAUGUGGUGUGAACACCUUAACUGCUAUAUACAGCAGUGUUCAUCGGAUCCGUGUGCUAUAUCCUCCUAAACAAAACAUCACUUUGUCGCCAUCUGGAAAGCACACCGUUACUACCGGUCAAACGGUCACACUCGAUUGUCAGGUAAAGGGUGGUAACCCUCUGGCUACACUAUCCUGGCAAUGCAAGGGGUCACUAAGGACCGGACAAAAUAAGACCUCUGCCGAUACAGCUUGGUCAAGACUGGUAUUUGAAAUAGACGAAUCAUAUCACCAACAGCAGUGUGUGUGUACUGCAAAGCACAAGGCCAUGCCUAAUUACGGAGUAUUCAGUACAAAGACAGUAUUGUUUGAUGUGAUUUAUCCACCAACAGAGGAAAUCUGGCUGUCUCAUAUCUGGAAAUCAGUCCUUUGAGACUGGCACAAAUGUAACUCUUUAUUGUCAGAUAAAUGGAGGUAACCCUUUCCCAGACUAACAUGGCUGUGCAAAGGGCAUCAACUGGCUGGAGUAAAUAUUACCACAAGUGUUAGAGCUGGGUCCAUACUCUCUAUUGUAGUAGAUACAAGUUAUCACCAGAAAAAAUGUGUUUGUACGGCAAGACAUGAGGCAACAAG